GAGAGGCGCAGCAGGGGAGGAGGGUUGGAGGUCAGGAAACCGGAGCAAGGCCCCAGGGGGUGUGAGAGGCCGGGAAGGCGCCGGACUGGCGAGAUGCGGACAUGGACAGGGAGGGCUGCCCUCCGUAGGUGGCAGGAGGCGGGCAGCAGAGGUGAUGUUCACAUGCUGGGUGGGUAGAGAAGGAAUCUGGGUCCCUGGUGUGUAGACACGAGCUUUCACCGGACCGAGCUGAGCACGCAGGGGCCCGAGGUGGGGAAGAGGUUUGGGCCUGGGUUCAGGUAUGUGGGGGGGGGAAGUAUCCUCCCAGGGGGGAGCAGUGCCCGUGCCCAAGGGAAGUCCAGGUCCUCUCUGCCUUGUGUUUUAGCGAGUGAAGGAAUUAACUUUCAUUCCAAACCACCCCAGCCCCGGUCUAAUCCACCCCUUCAUCCCGGGCUGCUGUGUCUUGGGCUGGGUGCACUUUCCUGGUCACAAGAAGCUCCCAGGAGGGAGGCUUUUUUCCUUGUACCCAGAGGGCACCUUAGCAGCUCAGCACAGCUGGAGGCACCGCACCAGUGGCAACCCAGAGUUGUUCCUUGGAGUGUGUUCCUCACCUUCCCCAAUGUGAGCGCAUUGGGUCAACACGGACAAGGGCCUCCUCUUGUCUUCAAGACACUCUUGCUUCUGGUUUCCAUUUAGUUUAUCCAAAAAACUUGAGACAGGAUCUAAUGCAAAGCGCUCCCUGCUGCUGCUACCUAGAGAGUGGGCUGGAUUCCCCACCCCCAGUUCAGGACCAGCUGCUGGGAAUCAGUAUCUUCUGAAUUGAUCCCCUCAACCGAGAAGCUGAAGCUGUGUCUGCUAAAACCCCAUUUCUUUUUCCCAAGCAUGUCAGAAAGCUGGCAGCAGCAGCAACAACAGCAGCAGCAGCAGCAACCACAACAGCAACAACAUCACGCCGGGACAGCAGCUCUCCCAGAGCACUCGAUCCCUUCGAGCACAGCUGAGAACCCUUUGGGUUGCGCUGUCUACGGCAUCCUGCUCCAACCAGACCCCAAUCCGCAGCAUCACCAGCCCCCCCCGAUCCAGGCUGGAGAGCCGUCCCACAAAUGCGGCGUGUGCGGCCACGACCUCACUCACCUGUCCAACCCACAUGAGCACCAGUGUCUGCCAGGGCACGACCGCUCCUUCCAGUGCACUCAGUGCCUGAAGAUCUUCCACCAGGCCACUGACCUUCUUGAGCACCAGUGCAUCCAGGUGGAACAGAAGCCCUUCGUGUGUGGGGUCUGCAAAAUGGGCUUCUCCCUGCUGACCUCCCUAGCCCAGCACCACAACGUCCAUAAUGGCAGCGCCAUGAAGUGCUCCAUCUGUGAGAAGACCUACAAGCCGUCUGAGGCAGAGCACUCCCAGGCCCUCGACUCGUUGGAGAAGCCCUACACCUGCUCCAUUUGCCAGAAGACCUUCAAGCACCUCUCGGAGCUCUCGCGGCACGAGCGCAUCCACACCGGCGAGAAACCUUACAAGUGCACCCUGUGCGACAAGAGCUUCAGUCAGUCGUCGCACCUGGUGCACCACAAGCGGACGCACAGCUCAGAGCGGCCGUACAAGUGCACGGUGUGUGAGAAGACCUUCAAGCACCGCUCGCACCUGGUGCGCCACAUGUACGCCCACUCGGGCGAGCACCUCUUCAAGUGCAGCGUCUGCGAGCUGCACUUCAAGGAGUCGUCGGAGCUGCUGCACCACCAGUGCACGCCCAGCGGGGAGCGCCCCUUCCGCUGCGGCGAGUGCCACAAGUCCUUCAAGCGCCCCUCGGACCUGCGGCAGCACGAGCGCACGCACAGCGAGGAGCGCCCCUUCAAGUGCGACCUGUGCCAGAUGAGCUUCAAGCAGCAGUACGCGCUCAUGCGCCACCGCCGCACCCACAAGGUGGAGGAACCCUUCAAGUGCAACCUGUGCGAGAAGGGCUUCGUGCAGCCCUCGCACCUGGUCUAUCACCAACACGUGCACGGCAUAGAGAACCUCUUCAAGUGCAACGUGUGCCAGAAGGGCUUCAAUCAGUCCUCAGAGCUGCUGCGGCACAAGUGCGUGCAGAAUGCCGAGCGGCCCUUCAAGUGCACCGUGUGCAACAAGUCCUACAAGAGGUCCUCGGCCCUGCAGAAGCACCAGCUGUCGCACUGCGCUGAGAAGCCGCUCAAGUGCACCCUGUGCGAGAGACGCUUCUUCUCCUCCUCGGAGUUCGUGCAGCACCGCUGUGACCCGGUGCGCGAGAAACCCCUCAAGUGCCCCGACUGCGAGAAGCGGUUCAAAUACGCCUCCGACCUCCAGCGGCACCGGCGCGUGCACACGGGCGAGAAGCCUUACAAGUGCCCGUCGUGCGAGAAGGCCUUCAAGCAGCGUGAGCACCUCAACAAGCACCACAGCGUGCAUGCCCGGGAGCAGCAGUACAAGUGCAUGUGGUGUGGGGAGAGGUUCCUGGACUUGGGCUUGCUGCAGGAACACAGCGUCCAGCACACUGCCGAGGGGGCGUACCAGGUGGCGGCCUGUUUGCCGUGAGGCACCUUGGCAGGCUUCAGCGUGCAUGCAAACCUCCUCAACAGCCCUCUUCCCUUCCCUGAUCAUACAGGAUUGAUACCCGUACUUAGGUGGGGCAGCGGGAGAUGGGCUGCCGGCCUGGUUGAUAAUGCUCUGGUCACUUUGUUCUAGUCCACCUGUAUUAGUGUCUUAUGAUCUGACGGACAAUGUGUGAAGAGUCCAGGGGGGUGGAGGAGAAGGGAAGCAAAUAGUGAAAGCAAAUCAAAUACCUGCUUGUCCUCUUCUGGAUUGUAGUUCACACUGCACCUGCAGUUCAGAGGGACGUGAGUUUGCAGGUCUCUGCCCAGCUGCCCCCAGGGACUGUAGCCCUUUCAACGCUCCCUCUAGUAACGAGGUUCUCUGAGAGAGCCGGCUGACUGUCCCUGUCCUUCAGAGAGGCUCAGGAACAAUCCAGACCCAGGCAUGACUUUCUCCCCAGGCAUCGCUGCUCUGCAGUGAACCAGCAGGCUUCCAUUUUGGGAGCCUUCCUGCUUGUUAGUCCAAAUACAAUUAAGUUGCUUAAAGGCAGUUUUGAGUCAGUAGCACUGGUUGACCAAAUGGUCCUUGGAGCUCCCCAGACGUACUUCUCAACAGUGAGCAGAAGGGAACAGCAUCAGGACUGCUGUGCUCCAAAUGUACUAAGUCCAUUGCUGCUUUUCUUUGCUGGCUGUAGAAGUCUGCAAAGGAUCCUUUCCCUCUCACAUGACCGCCAGGAACUCUGGUGCAGUCUAAGGGUUACAUGAGUGCUGCACGGUAUUUGGAGAAGUUGGCUAGGUCAAGCCUCUAGAUCGCCAGUAGUCCUCUCUAUAAUUGGCUGAGAAUCUUAAGUUUGCAAGCUGCUCACCUGGGGAGAGUCUCUGAAUUUUCCAAGAGUUCAGCUAGCUUGAGGCAUAGCUCUGCUAUAAAGUCUUAAAACUGCUGCCAACACAAGCCCUUCUCUCGUAGGGCUACUCCGUGAUGCCCUUGGACAAGGCAUACAAUCCCAGCCUCAGGGACCUCUGUGCUGAAAUAAAGAGAGGUCUCUGGGUGGGAUCAGCAGUAAAACACUAAGGGGUGGGGGAAACACUGCUGUUAAAAUACAACUUGGAAAAAAAAACAGCAAAAGAGAAGUUUGUUUAGAAAUGAAUUUGAGGAUUUGGGAUUGUAAUUGGGAGUUAGGAGCCUGUAACUCAGGUUCAAAUUCUGUGGCAUUAAAUUGUGAUCUUACGGGGCAUGACCUCUUUAUUCUGCUUAGUCAGUGAGUAGGGGAGAAUUAAUUCUCUCCUGUGUAAUUGGCUUCUUGGGAAGGGCUGGUUAGCAGAGGGUCAGGGAUGAAUGUUUUCCUUUCUGGGAGUCCCUGUGGACCCCUCUCUUUGGUCCCUUAUCCCACCUGUAUCCUUCAUGGGAAUUGCAUCUUUAUAUUGCAACUAGGAACCAUUUAAAAAAAAUCACCAUAAGCUGUUUUCCCAUUUGACAGGGCAGAUCCAGCCCCAAAAGCUGUCGUCUACAGAAUAUUGUUGGCUUCUCAUGACCAAGAGUUUUUCAGCUAAAGUUUGGCACUUCCUAGGCCAGAGGAGUGCCUGCUGCAUUACCCAAAAUCCUUUCCUUGCCACCAGCCUGGCUGGCUAGUGUUUGAAUUGGGGGUACACAGGUUGCAACUAGUGAGAACAGGAUGUUGGUCAGACUACCUGCAUGCUGCCCAAAUGGAUAAGGUCACAAAAGCAGUUCCAUUGUGGGCAACGGACACCCACGUUAACCCUGUAAAAGGUUAAGUCAUGCCUGUUUUCUCUCAAAGGAUCCCCUACUCCAUGUCCACUUCCAGCACCAUAAAGAGGACCAGAGCUUAUUUCCACAGGGGGCUGGAAAAGUUGAAUCAACAGGUCCCAGCAGGGCUGAGUUUUCCUCACGAGCAGCUUUAAGGCGUUUAAAUGAACCUCUGGCACCUGAGGAGUGAAGACUCAGUCAGUGCUCUUUGUAUUUCGCGCUGCCUCAGAGACGUAGAACCAACUUCUACCAAGUUUUUUGUCUGCGUUUAUUUUGCAUUUUGCUUUUUUAAAAAAGCAGUUUGUUAAUAUUCAUUAAAAGAAAUCCUGUAUAGUUUAAUUUGAUGUCAUUUUGGAUCUUUAAAAAGAGAGAUUCAGUUCUAGGUAGCUGGUUUUUGAUGUUAAUAUAUAGAGUUCAGUGUAUCCUUAACUAUAGGAGUAAAACUGAAACAAAACCAAGAAAA